AACUGAUAUGUUGUACAAUCUUGAGAUAUUUAAUGCUAUUUUAAAACAUGGCCGGUGUUUUAAGGUAUGCAGGUCCGCAGUCGACACCGAAACAGGCUCUAUCAGAUCAAACAUUGCCGUUUUUAAAAGAAGAUCAAUUCACAGAUACUGUUUUAGUGGUGGAAGGUAGAAAAAUGUACAUUAAUCGGGCGCUCUUAGGUUACGCUUCACCAUACUUUAAAAAAAUGUUGGAAAAUGCUCAUAGAUCGGUUUCUUCAGAGAAAAAGUCCAAAGCAGAGAUUCGUAUAAGUGAGAAGAAUUUUCCUGACUUUAUAGAUAUGCUGGCUUUUCUGCACCCAGGGGUAUGUCGCGAUUUGACAGAGAAAAUGGCUCUACGGUUAUUACCUUUAUCACAUGAAUAUCAGAUGUUUGCGUUAAAGGAAAGAUGUGAAAAGGUGUUGAUUUCUGCGCUCAAAAAGACGAAGUUGACCGAUGUGAAAGGCCCUCCACAACAAAGGAAUAGACGGGAUAAUACACCGGAAAUACUGCUAAAAUGUAUUAAAGCUGCCGAUAAAGGAAUGUCGAAGGCCGUUCUUACGUAUUGCUUAAAAAUGUUUGCUAAUCCCGGAAUACCUCUCAAGGAUUUGAAAUCUAGUCAGGAGAUAUCAGACAACACUAAAUCCAAAAUUUUUGAGAGUCGAAUGGAUAACGCUGCACAUAAACUUAAUCGGGUAGCAAAUGAACUUGAUCGUGAAAAACAUGAAAAAGAAAUGCUUAAGAAACAAUUGACCGAUAAAUAUAUUGCUCACGAUCGUACAGCAUUUGGUGCAGGACUUCCUGGCAGGGUUCUAAAUAGAAGUUCUGCAUAUACGAUACCAAAAACCGAUCCAACUCAAUUACAGUGCAAGAUAUCGCAUAUGAGUUUCAACAACAGAAAACAGACCCAACACAUUGUAAACGAUAUAAAUACUCUACGUUAAUAAUAAAACUCGUAAAUCGUGAUUAAUCUACUAAUAAUAAUAAUCACAAACCGCUUAUAAAGAUAAAACUGAUAAAAUGUUCUAAUUGAGCAUUUUGAAUAUAGCCUUUUUGUUUGUUAUUUAAAAAGUUCCAUCGAAUAUUACUAAUAUAAACAUAUGCACAUACUAAA